AUAAUCUCUGAGCUUUCAGGAUAAUUCUGGUUUAAGAACCUUCCCUCUAGAAAACACAGCAUUGGAAAUGGACCUCACUUUUUAUUCUCAGUCAUUUCUGAUGCAGGUUUUGUGGAAAUCAGCUGCUGCAAAUGUGUCCUAAAGCAGAGGACGAAUAAUACUUCCCUUAUUUCUUUUGGCAAGUCAAAAUUCUUUCCAGGUUCCUAGCAGCCUACAGUGAAUCCUGGAAGACAAGCAAACUUGGACAUGUCACGAGGGAAGACUUGGCUACGUUUGGUGAAAAGAAUACAAGCCCCUUUCUCUAAGGAAUGCACGAGGCUUUUGAGGAUGUUGCCAGGCGCCAGAGAACACGUGGGGAGCCUGUUGCUGCUUCUCCUCGCCGCUUUGGGACUUUGCUGGACCCAGUACAUGUCAAAGAUGAAACCUGCAAGGACAUCAAUUGUCCAUCUCUUCGAGUGGCGCUGGAUGGAUGUUGCUCUUGAGUGUGAGCGUUUCUUAGGGCCAAAUGGCUUUGCAGGUGUCCAGGUUUCUCCUCCAAAUGAGAACCUUAUAAUUAUGAAUCCCUGGAGACCCUGGUGGGAAAGAUACCAGCCAAUCAGUUACAAGUUAUGCUCACGUUCUGGGAGUGAAAAUGAAUUCAGGGAUAUGGUGACCAGAUGCAAUGAUGUUGGAGUACAUAUUUAUGUGGAUGCUGUAAUCAAUCAUAUGUGUAGUUCUGGGGCUGGCUCUGGCUACCGCGGUAUCUGUGGGAGCUAUUUUGAUGCAGGGCUCCGAGAUUUCCCCGCUGUCCCGUAUUCGAGCUUUGACUUCAAUGACAGAAUAUGUAAAACACCCAGUGGAGAUAUUGAAAAUUACAGUGAUCCGAUUCAGGUUCGCGACUGUCGCCUCGCUAGCCUUGUUGACCUUACCCAAAGAAGAGAGGAGGUGCGUUCAAAAAUAGCUGCCUAUAUGAACCACCUGAUUGAAAUUGGGGUAGCCGGGUUCCGAAUUGAUGCUUCCAAGCACAUAUGGCCCAUGGAUAUAAAUGCUAUUUUAAGAAAAGUAAAUAAUCUAAACACAAGAUGGUUUGCCAAAGGUGUGCGACCUUUCAUCUAUCAGGAGGUAAUUGACUUGGGUGGUGAAGCAGUCCAAAGCCACGAAUACUUCAGAAAUGGUCAUGUGACCGAAUUCAAAUAUGGUGCGCAACUUGGGACUGUCCUUCGCAAGUGGAAUGGAGAAAAGAUGGCCAAUUUGAAGGGCUGGGGAGAAGAUUGGAGUCUGAUGCCGACUGACAAAGCCCUUGUCUUUGUUGAUAAUCAUGACAACCAGAGAGGUCAUGGUGCUGGUGGAGCUUCUAUUCUUACUUUCUGGGACCCCAGGCUCUAUAAGAUGGCAGUUGCCUUUAUGCUAGCACAUCCCUAUGGAUUUACACGCAUAAUGUCAAGCUACAGGUGGCCUAGAGAUAUUCAGAAUGGAAAGGACUUGAAUGACUGGGUUGGCCCACCGAGCUAUAGCGAUGGAUCGAUUAAACCUGUUACAACCAACCCGGAUGGCACCUGUGGCAAUGGCUGGGUCUGCGAGCAUCGCUGGCAUCCAAUUAGGAACAUGGUGACCUUCCGAAAUGUGGUGUUUGGCCAGCCGAUGACAAGCUGGUGGGACAACAAUAACCACCAGGUGGCAUUUGGUCGGAACGGCAAAGGGUUUAUUGUGUUUAAUAAUGAGGACAGGAACUUGUUGGAAAUCCUACAAACCGGUCUUCCCCCUGGCAUUUACUGUGAUGUUAUUUCGGGAGAAAAAGAAGGCAACCUCUGCACUGGAAUUCAGGUCCACGUUUUUGGGAAUGGCAGCGCUCAUUUUCAGAUUAAUAGCCAAGCCGAAGAUCCAUUAAUUGCAAUUCAUGUUGAAGCCAAGUUGUAAUGUCUGCACAGGAUGUUCAUUUCUCUUGUUUUGGAUUUGGUUUUGUAGGCUCUGUUCUCUAUAUAUGACAAAGCUCAACUUAAAAGCCCGUAAAUUACCCGCCCAAGAACAUUUUAUGACUCAGUCCUCUUAUGCACUGAAUCAGCUCUGCUUUCAUCUAUGGAGGAAAGCUGUGCGAAUUAGGAUAUUUGUGCAAAGUUGGGGAAACUUGCACAGGUUUCGUGCUUGAUCCCUGCUCAAUUUGUGCAAGUCUUCCAUUAGCAUAAAUCAAGCAUCCAUCAGACUCGGGCACAAAACAAGUGGUGAGCUGUUUGGAAAAUCCUGCUUAUCUAGAAGUCAUUUGUUUGCUCAUGCCUGCGUAAGGCAGGCAGACACCUGAGUUUGGGGGCUCAGUAAACUAACAGCAUUUUGUGGUGGUCCCUUUGUGUGGAGAACUCAAGCGAAGAUCACAUAGAAUAGUA